UGAUUAACUGAGGAAGUAUUUAAGAAAUUAUAGUUGUCUCAUUCAUACAUGGCUAGGUUACAUUUACUUCAAGGUCAUAAAGUUCAAUUAGGUCGUAAUUCCGUACAAUCCUAGAAUCGCACAUUGCACAACGAUAGACUAACCUACUAUCUAUGAUCUAUGGUGUUAUCCAAGUCCCCAAUAUUGGCUGUUGGGCGAUAAUAAGAUUGUAGAGGAUGGCGUCUAGGUUCAAACGUUUGGCCGUAGUCUGUUCAUCAGUAGGAGCGGGAGCUUACCUGACGACAUGGUUCCUUACAGGAGAAAACCCAUUUGGUAGCCAGCCCGUGCAUGCAGCGACUCCCACAAAGCAGCUACGAGCUAAGCGGCCACUGCCUCCCCGCGAUGAGCAGAUCAAGUCCCUCCAGAGUGGGACUGAGUUUGACGUCCUCAUUAUCGGAGGUGGAGCGACCGGUGCUGGUUGUGCCCUGGAUGCUGUCACUAGAGGAUUGAAGACAGCUCUGGUAGAGUUGGAUGACUUUGCCUCUGGUACGAGCAGCCGGAGCACGAAGCUGAUCCACGGUGGAGUCAGAUACCUGCAGAAGGCCAUUCUGAACCUGGACAUCGAGCAGUACAGAAUGGUGAAGGAAGCUCUCCACGAACGUACGAACAUGCUGACAUCGGCUCCUCAUCUCACACACCCCUUGCCUAUCAUGCUGCCUGUGUACAAAUGGUGGCAAGUGCCUUACUACUGGGUGGGUAUCAAAGCCUAUGACUUGGUCGCCGGAUCCAAGACAGUCAAGAGUUCCUACUACGUCAACAAAGAGAACACCUUGGAAUUGUUUCCGAUGUUGCGGGGAGACAAACUGUGUGGCGCUAUUGUAUACUACGACGGCCAGCAAGACGACGCAAGAAUGUGCUUAGCUAUUGCCCUGACUGCGACUCGACAUGGUGCGACAGUAGCCAAUCACGUUCGAGUCUGCUCUCUUAUCAAGGACGCCCAAGGGAAGUGUUGCGGAGCGCAUUUAAAAGACGAGCUGACAGGCAAGGAGUGGGACGUGAAAGCCAAGUCGAUCAUCAACGCUACAGGUCCCUUCACUGACUCAAUACGGAAGAUGGACGAUUCUAGUGUUAAAGAGAUCUGUUGCCCGAGCUCUGGCGUGCACAUCGUACUGCCCGGAUACUACAGCCCAGCAGAGAUGGGUCUGCUGGACCCAGCCACUAGUGACGGCCGAGUUAUCUUUUUCCUGCCUUGGCAGCGUAACACCAUCGCAGGCACAACCGAUCUCCCGUGCGACGUUACACAUCAUCCCAAACCAACAGAGGAUGAAAUCCAGUUCAUCCUUACUGAGGUUAAGAACUACCUGAACCCUGAUGUUGAGGUACGCAGAGGAGACGUUUUAUCAGCAUGGAGUGGUAUUCGCCCCUUAGUAUCCGACCCUAACAAAGCUGACACACAGUCUCUCGCUCGUAACCACAUCGUCCACGUUUCUCCGUCAAACCUCGUAACCAUCGCAGGAGGCAAGUGGACGACGUACCGAGCCAUGGCGGCUGAGGCUGUUGACGCAACCAUAAAAGCAUGCAAUCUAAAGCCAACUCACAUGGAGUGUCAGACGGACGGGCUGUUGAUAGAAGGAGCCCAUGGUUGGACCCCCACUAUGUAUAUACGUCUGGUGCAAGACUUUGGACUGGAAACUGAGGUUGCUAAACAUCUCAGUAACAGCUAUGGAGACCGAGCGUUUGCUGUAGCUAAGUUGGCUGCACUGACCGGCAAACGCUGGCCCAUCAUCGGCAAAAAGAUACAUCCAGAGUUCCCCUACAUUGAUGCUGAGAUCAGGUACGGAGUACGAGAGUACGCUAUGUCAGCCAUUGAUAUGAUCGCGCGACGACUGCGUUUGUCGUUCCUCAACGUCCAGGCGGCGCAAGAGGCUCUUCCAGGUAUCAUCGACAUCAUGGCUGAAGAACUCAAGUGGAAUGAAGCUGAGAAAAAGAAACAAUUUGACAUGGCAGUGGAGUUCCUACACAACGAGAUGGGACAGAUGGUGAACCGCGCUUCACGAGACAAGAUACCCAUCAACUUGACCAAGGAAGAGAUUCAGCUGUACAUCAAGAGAUUCAACAUCAUCGACAAGGAGAGCAAGGGCUACGUGUCCAUCAAUGACAUCAGACGAGGACUAAAGGAUUUGAGGUUAGAAUAUAGUGAAGAAGAAGUAAAAUUCUUUGUAAAUGAAACGUCUCCAGUUUACUUCAAUCAGAUCCGACUUGAGGAUUAUAUCCAGAUGAUGUCAGCUAUCAAGUCUGGGCACAUCGCUUACUCCCGGUUUGCCAAGAUGGCGGAAAUGGAACACGAACAACAUGAAAAAGAUGUUCUCAAGAAGAAGAUUUCAGUCGAGAGAAGUGGAGGUGGUUUGUAAACUUCCCGAGAACAGCGACAUUUCUGCCAAAACUUACUUUCAAACACCAGUUUCAUAUAGUGAUGUGACGAGUCUAGUAUUUUUUUGGGUUCUUGGGUCAUUUGUACUAGUUACUGAGACAAACUGGGUCAGUACUCAAGUACUGAGAACGUGUUUUACUCUGCCGUUUAAUCAAAACAGAUCGAAGCUGAUCGCUGUUUAUUCGUAGUGGAGAUUCUAAAUAUUUUAAUUCCAAAUCCAACUUGAUACUGGAAUUACUUUUGUACUGCCAGUUUUUCAUUCAUUCAGCACCUCCGAUUCUGAAGUUAAUUCACCAGUUGUUGGUUACAAUGUCAGUUGUUGAAAAAAAAACAACGUAAUUAUGAACAACUUUUAAACAAGCAUGGUAGGUGCUUAUUAAGCUUCACAUUUACAGAAUAUGAAUAAAAAUGACUGAAUGUUUUAUUGUGAAGUGACAGGAUCAGAGAGAUGAUGUGUCAAUCGGUUGGACACAUACACAAAAAAAUCAUAAUAGGCUAUGUCACUGAUGGGGCAGCAUCGUUGUUUUUAUUGUUAACUAAAAAACGAGUUGAGAACACUCAAAAUUGUGUAAUGGCAAACAAUUUGUCUUUUCAAAACUAAUAAUCCAGUAAAGUGCCUAAUUAUUUCAAAAUUCGAGACAGGUCGAGCAAAAUUCGAGCAACUCAAUACUACAUUUAACUGUAUUUUUUACAAGUAAGUACAGUAGGCCUACUAGAUUUGUCACGUCAUUGGGUUUUUACUCAUACUACAUCAGUGUUUUUUUAUUAUUUUCCGUGGCCGCCUAGUUUUAAUUUUAUUUUUCUUUAGUUUUGUAAAGAAUAAUAGUAAAAGACAGUUUUUUUUUCACUAGGUUUAACUAUACGAUGUUUAUUUGAUUUUAAUUCAGCACAAACAAAUAGACAAACUUAUUUGUUAACGCCAAACUUAUAAUGGUGAGCUUUAAUGUUUGUUAUAUUUUAAGUAUUAGUUUAAACAUUGUUAUCUUAUAUGAAUUAAGGUUUAAGUUUUGCCAUUUUAAAGUAGGUUGUUGAAUUUCAUUUUAGGCCAGCUACCUGCCUAACUAUUAAUGGUUAACAGUCUGAAAAAGUACAAAUUCCAUAGUUCUACAAUUUUAUAUUUGUACCUAUUUAGUUUCAUGUUCUGUAAAGAAUUAAUGUGAUACAAUUUUAGUUAGAUCAAAUUUUACCGGUUUUAAUGUACCUGAAAUGUACAUUAAAUGUGUGUAAAUAAUUGUUAUGGAUCGAAUCAAGUUUGAAAAAAGGUAAUUUUCUUUACAGAAACAAAUAAUUAUCCCAUGAUACUCUAUCAUUAUAAUUAUUUAUAGAUAAUAUGUUAUAAUUCCGUUCCUAGUGCUCCAUCCAAUGGGGUUUUAAACUUAUGGUGUCAUCUUAAAGGGUAUAAAUUUGUAUAAAUCUGAUAGUAAUAUUAAUAAAUCUUAUUACGUAACAGUUGCAAAAACCAAUAUGUCUCAUCACAAUGUUCAUGUUCAACUGAUUUGGUUUGACAAUAGAUUUUAUUUAUACUUCUUAAAUUUUUUUGUAUAUUCUUAAAGUUCCCUUUUAAAUAACUUAUAAAACUGCAGUUACAGAAUAAUAUGCUGAGACUCAAAGUCAAAACAUUUAGCACUUUAUGUUUGCUGGUUUGUACCUAGCAUACUUAUCGUGUACAUUAAAUUGAGAGAAAAUUACCUUAAUUUAUUGUUAGUAAAUUAAACUUCAGUUUCAAAUGUUUAACUCCUUAUUUACUGUACAUGGCAAAACAAAGAACAACAUAUUUCAAUACAGUUUAUUGCUGUAAUAUAGAGUUAAGUGUAAAUAGGGUUACUAAAGUGAUCUUAAAGGCAAUACAAUCAACAGCCUUAAAACUACUUCUAUAGAAUAAGUUGAUUAACAUAAAACUAAAAUAAGGUAAGCGAAAUCAAAAUAAAUGUUUAUCUAGACUAACCAGUAUUACUUCCCAAUGAAAGCAGGUUUAUUUAUUGGAGGUUGGAUUUCUUCCCCUCGAUAAGUGUCCAUUGCUAGUCGUUUUGCCUUUAUUUAUUUGAAUGUUUGCUGUUUUGUAUGUUGUAUGAAAGUUGUGAAUAAAUUUGAUUAUUUUAUUUUAA